CUAAACAAUAUUUAUCCGCUCUUCUCUCUCGCGCGGCUCCCUUGUUCCUUCUCUAAACCUUGGCAUCAACAUUUUCCAUUGAAUCUUGUAGCUUGCAUGCCCAUUCAUUCAUCCUCUCAAAUCUUUCAAUUAAGCUUAAGAGAAACAAAGGGAUUGAGUUGGAGAAGAACAAAAAGGAGCUUUGAAGGAACGAAUUUCCUGUUUCCUGUUCCUUAAUUAUCCUUAAGUUUGAACUGUUUCGAGGGAAGCUAGAAAUGAGUGUUACGGAAAAUCCAAAGAAAACUGAUGCUCCGCCAAUUGUUAAGUUGAAUAAGGCCUUGAAAUUGGCUGAGGUAUGGGUAAAAAAUAUGAGCGGAUCUGCUAGUGAUGAAACAACAAAUGUGGAUACGGAGGGUCGACCUCAAAGGCUUGGUCUAGGUGCAAAAGUACCACGACAAUCCAAUGUAGUGCUUUCAGAUGAUCCCGUUGAAAGGAGAUUGCAUUCCAGAUUGGCUGCUGAAAAAAGAAAAGCAGCCAAUAUUACCAAAGAUGAAGGCACCAACUCCUGUGGCGUUUUAGAUGAUGAAGACAACGAAGACGAAAGCAGAACUAAUGCUUUUGCCAAGAGGAAGGCACCAGCUCCUGUGACCCUAUCUAUACCGGGAAAUAAGAAGCAGAAGUGACACUAUUAUGAAUCCUAUUUUUAUGUAGGCUUUGCGCUAUCUCGCUUAUUUUGCAUUUACUUUGCUGUCUGCAGUACUUUUCUUUUGAAAGCCAUUACUCAUUAGCCAUUUGUUGGAAUGUAGUUCUUCACUUGAGGAGAAUAUUCAAAAGUAACUUAGCUCUUCACCUACCAAAUUGGCAACUUAGCUACCUUAGGAAUUCCUAGAUGAGUGAGUAUUCCUGGUUUUAGUGACCACAUUCUAAUUAUCCCCUCUUAGUGUUGUUAAGGAUUUUCAUUGUGACAAGGGAAAUAAACAGCAAUGUUCAAAUUGGAAAUGAUAUGUAUUGUGGUAUAUAUUUGGUCUGUUUGUCAUUGUAAACUUGUACUAAUUUUAGCAAAUGAUUGGUGCCUCCUGUUGUGGAACAUACAUCAAUAUAUGGUUUUUGUGUUUGUAUAA